CCGUGUUUGCGGAGGAGAAGAGCAUAUAGCUUAAAGAGGUGCAAACGAAAACACAACCAAAAUUGCAUUUUAACCCGCAAAUCCUUUAAAGAAAACCCAUCAAAAUGUCGGAGGAGAAACCAAAGGAGGGCGUGAAGACUGAGAACGACCACAUUAACUUAAAGGUAGCCGGUCAGGACGGCUCUGUGGUUCAGUUCAAAAUCAAGAGACACACUCCGCUCAGCAAACUGAUGAAGGCCUACUGCGAACGUCAGGGGCUCUCGAUAAGGCAGAUCAGGUUCAGGUUUGACGGACAGCCAAUCAACGAGACAGACACACCUUCACAGCUGGAGAUGGAGGAUGAAGACACCAUAGAUGUUUUCCAACAGCAGACAGGCGGUUUCUGCUAAGCCCCCCCUCCUCGUUACAGUGAUUGACAUACCCAAACCACGCCCACUGCUCCUCUCCUCCAGUCACUCUUCAGCUUCUGUGUUCCAUUGUUGUUUUUUUAAAAGAUGUCUGUCUCGGUUUUGUCCAGAGGGGAGGGAGUGGGAUGAAUUUGCCCCUUAGACACUGAUUUAAGGUCAGUUAUUAGUUAACCUCAUCCAAUAUGGGGUAAAGUUUAGGAUAUGACAUGAUCCUAGAUCUGUGGUAAGGGGCAAAUUCUACUUUGAGGCUUCCCCAUCGUCUGUGUUUCCAUGUUCUUAUUUUAAAAGAUGUCUGGCGCAGUUUUGGGUUGGGGGGGCUCCCUUCAAAUGUCUGUCUUAGUCAACAUUGAUCUCUUCAACUGUCUUGGACAGCUUCCGGGUCUUUCCAAUGCUAAGAAUCAUGGGGUUUCAUCUAGAAACAACCCCUAAGCCACUUGUGUAGUGUUUUUGUAUUUAUCCAACACCUCAAAUCUACAAAAGGCCUAGGGGUUAGGGGUGGCUUCUGGACCCUUCCAAUGGUUUGACAUGGGGGGGCGCCCUAGUUUUUUUUCAAGGGUGAAAACCAAGGGUGCAUCUCAAGUCUUAGGUUGCCUCCUUCAUUUGGCACCGAUCUGAACAUUCAGGCUCAGGUGGAUGCUGACCAUGGAAUAAGCUUUCACCUGUCCAGUUCUUUAGUGUCAGUUUUUACAAGAAUGAAGGAGAGGAGACCCCUUGUCACAAGGAAGCUACUUGUACUGUUGAGAUGCGCCCCUAGUUUUUGAGGGCAGUCAAAAGGGAAUAUUCCCUGAUUCCAUAUAUGGCAUAAUCUGGUCAGUUCUUACAGCAACCCUGUCAGUGAAUCUGCUUUCGGUUUUUGGGGUGGGGGUUUAAGGUGGGAGGGAGAAGUCAUCCUUAAACACUGAUACAGGGUCAUCUAAUUUGCAUCCCCGUAAUGGUUAGUGUUUUUGGGGAGUAAGGUUUUCUGAUCCUAGAUCUGUGUUUAGGGGCUAUGUCUUCUUGGCGCAUAAGGGGAGGGGCAGUUAUGUUCUUUACCCACAAGUUUUGUCAUAUGGUGUUAGUUUGGUUUCUCUACUGAUUUGUACAUUGUUUGGCGUCUUUUAC